UCAGCCAGUGACCGUUCAGUCAUCCAUCAAAGGAAUUUCCAACAUGAUAUAAAAAUGAACUACAGUCAUUUAGUUGUCCUUCAAGCAUAGGAGACCUGCGUUUUUAACCCAAGAAGAGCAACGAUAUCCACUGAGACAUGGCUCGCCUGCUUGUUUUGGUCAACUCCGUGGUCCUGUUGCUUUUUGGCAGCGACAUGUUCUUGGUAGGAGCGAACCGGCCACCAGCUCCUGUCAAUGUGUCUGUCAUGCACCUGCGGGCCGACUCGGCAACUGUAUCCUGGGAGGUUCCAGAGGGAGACAUAAUAAUUGGCUUCUCUAUCUCACAACAGAGGCAGGACGGACACAUGCAGCGAUUCAUUCGGGAGGUCAACACCACCAGCCGCUCUUGUGUUCUUUGGGACCUGGAGGAGGAGACAGACUACAUCAUCCAGGUUCAGUCAAUUGGCCUCUACGGGGAAAGCCAAGCCAGCAAGAAGGUCCAUUUUCGCACCCUCAAGAAAUCGGACCGCUUCCCCUCCAACAGCUCCAACCAAGAUGACCCAACUGUGCAAGGCCUGGACAAGUCACGGCAUCUACAAACAGGAGAGAUGAUCAUCAUUGUGGUGGUUUUGGUCAUGUGGGCUGCUGUUAUUGCCCUGUUCUGCCGGCAGUAUGACAUCAUCAAGGACAACGACUCCAGCAACAAUAAGGAGAAGGCCAAGCCGUCGUCUGAGAGGAGCACGCCGGAGCAUCACAGCGGAGGACUGCUGAGGAGCAAGUUUCAUCCCUCUGUGCCGUCUAUCAACAUCAUUGAAGUCUGAGAAGAAGGAAUGCCAGUUUAAAUUCCUCUCUCUUCUACCAUCAAUGCAUUUUCCACCUUUCUCACUGAUGCGUGAUAAAAAAAAAAAAGAAAAAGCGAAAAACACAAAGUUUCUGUGACUCAUCAUUAGUGAAUAAGGUUGGCCAAGACUGUCUUACAAAAGAGACACGUGCAUGCACAAAGUAUUUGUAGGAAAACACAACACUGAACUACAGAUACAUACUCUGAGCCCCACCCAGCAAACCCUAUACAAACCUACACAACCCUGCACACAGACACACACCGUACAGUAGCUAGCAGAAACCUACAGUACAUGAAUGAAUGUUAACCCAUGGUGCAGUUAACAUUGAUGUCGUUGCCAGGUGCUUGGUAUGUUAUUGCAAUACAAAACACACAAUACAACUUAAUCAUCUCUGGGAGGCCUAUCUUCAUGGCUUUAAACACGCAGUGUAUUUUUGAUAUUGGCAUGUGCAAUGAGAUCCGUGUCACCACACACAACUCCACUCUAUAUAAAUCAUCAAUCAAAACAUCUUUCCAUUGCAUAUAGUAUUAAUAUACUGCCUGAUCACACAUGUAUAUUAUUGCCUCACUGCUGUGGCCAGAUUUUUAAUAACGAGAGAAAUUAAACACAUGCAUCAGAAACUCAUUUGUAAGAACUACAACCACUUCCUUUCUUUAGUUUUUCCUAUUAUUUAAAUUAAAAUAACAUUUUCUGGAUUACAUUGUAUUUUUUCAUAUUUCAUACAUAACAAACACGUGUACAUAUUUCAUUCAUUUACUAAAUGAAGUUGCAUGCAGGUCAUUUGCCUGUAGAAUAGCAUUUGAUGUGCGUUCUAAGUUAGAUGCCAAAAAUGUACAAAUAAACAUCAUUGCUGUACUGUGAAGCUGUUAAUGUUUUCUUCUAUUUUACCUGCUUGUAGAGCAGAACACCGGUGUUUCAUUUUACAUCUUGUACAUUUCCUGACAAUUGUAUAACCUGAAGUGUAAAAUAAACCUUCUUUUAAAUGUCCCAUUACGAAGUUGCAGCUAAUGUAAUGGAGUUCCUCUCACUGAGACACAUAAAUCAUCUCCACUGUGCACGUCAUGCACAUCAAACUGCUCACCGAGUUUUACAAAGGUGCAUUUUGUGCACUAAGUGGAGGCCAAGACUUAUA